CCCCGAGAACACCGCCCAGGUACCCUCGAGUCUCCUCACCCCUUCUUCUUCGGACCCUUCCCCUCGUCCAUGAGGGCUCCCCAGCCCUGGUGUUUCCCCCUCAGCCCCUCGAUUCCCUUAGUUUCUCCUCCUCAGCCCUCUUGUCUCCUAGUCUCUCCCCUCAGGCCCACCAAGACUCCAGGUGUCUCUCCUUCAGCCCUCCAAGUCUUUUAGUCUCUCCCCUCAGCCCCCCAAGUCUCCUAGUCUCUGCCCCACCCCGACCCCAAGUCUCUUAGUCUUUCCCCCUCAGCUCCCCAAGCCUGUUAGUCUCUCCCCCUCAGCCCCUCUUAGUUUCUCCUCCUCAGCCUCUCAAGUCUCCUAGUCUCUCCCCUCAGGCUAUUCCGUCUCCCCUCGGCCCACUAAGACUCCAGGUGUCUCUCCCCUCAGUCCCCCAAGUCUCCUAGUCUCUCCUCCCCGACCCCAAGUCUCUUAGUCUUUCCCCCUCAGCCCCCCAAGCCUGUUAGUCUCUUCCCCUCAGCCCUCCAAGUCUCCCCCCUCAGACCCCUGAAGUCUCCCAAAGUCUUCCCCUCAGCCUCUCAAAAGUUUCCUAGUCUCUCAUUCAGUCUCAGACCCAAAGUCUCUUAGUCUUUCCCCCUCGGUCCCUCAAGACUCCAGGUCUCUCCCCUUGGCCCCCCAAGUCUCUUAGUCUCUUCUUCUCAGACCCCAAGUCUCCUAACCUCUCCCUCUCAGCCCUCCCAAGUUUCCUAGUCUCCCCCCUCAGCCCCCCAAGUCUCUUGGUCUCUUCCUCAGCCCCCAGAUCCCCUAGGCUCCCCCCUCCAGCCCCACUUCCUUCCCCUUUCAGUCCAUACCCCUGCCUCAGUGUCUCUUUCCCACCCUCGCCUCCUCUGAUUCUGCGGGCUUCCCCUCUGGUUUCUUAGUCUCCCGCCCGGCCCCCCGGGGCGCCCCCUUCUCUCUGCUCCUCCCACCCUGGCCCUCCUUGGCCUUCCUCUGCCUGCCUCACCCCUCCUCCCGAGGCCUGCCUGGGAGAUCCAUGGCCUCAGACUGGCACCCUGGGGCUCAGGAGACUCGAGGAGCGGGGCUUCCCCUCACCCUGCCCGGGCGCGGCCCCUGUCUGUGAGGUGAGGCCUGCUGCCGGCGCGGAGGGAACAAAGGCCGGGGGGACAGUCACAAUUGCCGGUGUGGUGAAGGGGCACCUCAGGGCGGUGUGGGGGCCGCCGCGGAGCUACCGGGGAGACUGGCUCCGCGGGUGGCUUUUUCUGUCGAGGAAGGAUGAGUAGGAGUUGACAGAUGGAAAGUGGGAAGAAGGGCCUUCCGGGUGGAAGGAACAGCACAUGCAGAAACGUGAAGGUGGGAACCCAGCCCCGCAGGCUGCGGGAGAGAGGGCGGAAUGCCUUGGUGGGGCUGCUUGCGGGGCCCUCGGGUCUGUCUUGUUCGGUGAUGCACACGCUCGGACAUCCGUGCUGAGGACACAGAUGUUACUUACCGGUCACACCAGCCUGAAAGGCAGGAUGUUUCUGGAAGGAAGAUGUGUUGUCAGGCAUGGGGCGGGCUUCAGAGUUGCAAAGAAACUUCGUGGGGUGUAGAGAGGGUUUUCUCUGGUGGUUCUGGGGAUUCCGUGUGCCGUUUGUAGAAGCCUGCAGCACAGGAAGUGCUCCAGGGUCAGCAGCUUUUAGGUUAUAACUCAGUUUGGGAUUGUCUGUUGCCUGGGUUCUCAGCCGGGGUCGGGGGUGGGGGGAUGGCAGGUGGUGGUAUCCCCCAGGGGACCUUCACUAAGGGCAGCGGAGAUGGUUUCAGUUGUUACAGCUCAGGAUGCUGCUGGCAAGUGGUGGGUGAGAGCUGGGAUGCUGUGGGGCCGCCUCCAGGGCAGAGGACAGCCCAGUUCAGUGUGCCUGAGAGCGGUGGACAAGCCCGCUUUCCUGCUCGGGUGUUAGGUACAGUGUGGCUCACCUGCUCUUUUGCUCUUUUGCUACCGUGAGUGCGUAUGCUGAGUUGUGUACUUCGAUUUCCUUUUGUGUUUUUGGUAGUUAGUGUUGUGGGGCUGCCUACUGUUUCUCUCCAGUAGGGGAGAAUCUGCUGGUCUCCACCCACCCACCCACCCACCCAAUGUUUUUUUUCCAGGAUCCACGGCCAAGUGACCGUAGUGGGUCACCGGCCCCUUCGGAACUUUAAUUGCAGAAGUACUCUAGCCAGGGGGCCUUGCCUUAGGCUCGGUCCUGGGAAAUUGGCGUCCUGCUGCGGGAGGCAGGUGCCUGAACAGGCAGGUCCUGUCACCGAGCGCUCCGAGGCCAUCACAGUGUGACCACGGAAGCCGUGGAAGUGUGGAGCAGGCCUCUCACACAGUCAGGGGAGGCUUCCUGGAGGAAGUGGUGUCUGUGCUGAAGCCUGAAGGACCCAGGAGGACCGACCUAGUCAGGCUCGAAGAGCUGGAGGGAAGGCAGAGGGAGCAGCCGAGCCAGGGCAGAGCGAGGGCGCAGACGAGCAGUCAGGUGUGGCGGGAGUGUUGAGCGCCAUGCGGGUUGCCGCGAGAGAUGAGGGCGCCAUGUUUUGGAAGUUUGACCUGCACACGAGCUCGCACCUCGACACGCUGCUGGAGCGGGAGGACCUGAGUCUGCCCGAGCUGCUGGACGAGGAGGACGUGCUGCAGGAGUGCAAGGUCGUCAACCGCAAGCUGCUGGACUUCCUGCUGCGGCCGCUGCACCUGCAGGCCAUGGUGGCCUGGGUCACCCAGGAGCCGCCCGCCAGCGGCGAGGAGCGGCUGCGCUACAAGUACCCCAGCGUGGCCUGUGAGAUCCUGACGUCGGACGUGCCCCAGAUCAACGACGCACUGGGUGCCGACGAGUCCCUGCUGCACCGCCUCUACGGCUUCUUGCAGAGCAGCGGCAGCCUCAACCCAUUGCUGGCCAGCUUCUUCAGCAAGGUCAUGGGUGUCCUCAUCAACCGCAAGACUGACCAGCUCGUGUCCUUCCUGCGGAAGAAGGACGACUUCGUGGACCUGCUGCUGCAGCACAUCGGCACCUCGGCCAUCAUGGACCUGCUGCUGCGCCUCCUCACCUGCGUGGAGCGGCCGCAGCUGAGGCAGGACGUGGUCAACUGGCUCAAUGAGGAGAAGAUCGUCCAGAGGCUCAUCGAGCAGAUCCACCCGUCGAAAGACGACAAUCAACAUUCCAACGCAUCCCAGUCCCUGUGCGACAUCAUCCGCCUGAGCCGGGAGCAGAUGAUCCAAGUGCAGGACAGCCCGGAGCCUGACCAGCUGCUGGCCACCCUGGAGAAGCAGGAGACCAUCGAACAGCUCCUGAGCAACAUGCUGGAGGGGGAGCGGAGCCCGUCUGUCCUCGUGAGCGGGAUCCAGGUGCUGCUGACGCUGCUGGAGCCCAGGAGGCCCAGGUCCGAGUCCAUGACCGUGAACAACUUCUUCAGCAGCGUGGAUGGGCAGCUGGAGCUCCUGGCCCAGGCGACCCUGGACAGUGCCGUGUCCAGUGCAGGGGCCCUGCAUGCCCUUCGCCCGCGUCUUGGCUGCUUCCACCAGCUCCUGCUGGAGCCGCCUGAGCUGGAGCCACUGCGCACAACGUGGGGCAGCCUGGCCCCACCCCUGGGCAACACGCGAUUGCACGUGGUCAAGCUGCUGGCCAGCGCCCUGAGCGCCAACGAUGCCACUCUGACCCAGGAGCUCCUGGUCCUGGAUGUGCCCAACACCAUGCUGGACCUCUUCUUCCACUACGUGUUCAACAACUUCUUGCAUGCCCAAGUGGAGGUGUGCGUGAACACGAUGCUGAGCUCCGGGCCCCCUGCCGACAGCGGCUCAGACACACCCCCCGAGAACCCUGUCGUGAAACACCUGCUGCAGCGCUGCCGCCUGGUGGAGCGCAUCCUGACCUCCUGGGAGGAGAACGACCGAGUGCAGUCCGCAGGGGGCCCUCGGAAAGGCUACAUGGGCCACUUGACGAGCGUGGCCAAUGCCCUGGUGCAGAACUCGGAGAAGGGGCCCAAUGCAGAGCAGCUGCAGCAGCUCCUGAAGGAGCUGCCGCAGGAGCAGCGGGAGCGCUGGGAGGCUUUUGUGUCGGGCCCCCUGGCGGAGACCAACAAAAAGAACACGGUAGACCUGGUGAACACGCACCACCUGCACUCCUCCAGCGAUGACGAGGACGACAGGCUCAAGGAGUUCAACUUCCCGGAGGAGGCGGUGCUGCAGCAGGCCUUCAUGGACUUCCAGAUGCAGCGCAUGACCUCGGCCUUCAUCGACCACUUCGGCUUCAACGACGAGGAAUUUGGGGAGCAGGAGGAGAGUGUGAACGCGCCUUUUGACAAGACAGCCAGCAUCACCUUCUCCCUGAGUGCAGAUGACGACAACCCCAAUGCCAACCUGCUGGAGAUCUGCUACAAGGACCGCAUCCAGCAGUUCGACGACGACGACGAGGAGGACGAGGAGGAGGGCCAGGGCUCUGGGGAGUCUGACGGGGAGGACGGUGCCUGGCAGGGCGGCCAUCUGGCCAGGGCAGGCCGCCUGGGCCAGCCCCAGGGCGUGCGGAGCCGGGGCAGCACGGACAGCGAGGAGGAGGAGGACGACGACGAUGACGACGAGGACGGCCGGGCCCGCGGCAGGCCCGGGCCCCCCUGCUACCCCAGUGCCGGCCGCCAGCCUCCGGGCCCCAGCUGGACAGCUGCCUUUGACCCAGUGCCUACGGACGGCCCGGCCGGCCCCCAGGACUACAGGGACAAGGAGCCCCGCGGGGAGCAUCCAGACCUCCUGGCCCCGAGCCCGACUGGCCCUGCGGCCCCCAGCACCUUGCAGCUCAGGUUUCAGGAUCCUGCCCCCGCCUCUGCACCUCAGGAAGCCACAGACGGCAGCAAAGCAGCGGAGCCCACGGGCCCCUGCCAGGCCCUGCUCAGCGUUGGGGACCUCCAGGCCGGCCUCAGAGGGACACGCUCCGCCCCCAGCUCCUUGGACAGUGCAACCAGAGACCCUGCUACCUCUGUCCCGGCCCCCGGGGCCCACCAGCCCCCCCAGACCCCAGAGGGGGAGAAGAGCCCAGAGUCCUUGGGGCUUCCCCAAAGCCAGAGUGCCCUGGCCCUCCAGCCACUCCCGAUGCCCAACGGCUCUGCCCCCGGAGGCCCAGCUGCCCCGGGCUCCCAGUGACUGCUUGGUCCGGUGGUGGCGGCCACACGCUCCGUGCUCUGCGUGGACCCUGUCCGGGUGAGGGCCGGGCAGGUGCCACAGAGGCCCUGUCGCCCAUAACCCACCCCGCCCCACCCACGUCCCGGCUGGAGUCCAGGAG